AUUUUAAAAUCGAAACCACUUGAUGCUCCAUGAGAGAAAUUGUAUUUAGACCCACUCCAUCUCUCAUCCACUUCGUCUCUAACUUCUCGUACAUUGCUCGACUAGCAUUUUUUUCCUUGUCUAUUGCGAGACAAGAUAUGAAGAAAAUCGUGGUGAGGGUGGAUGUGCCCGAUGACAAGGAGAAGGCAAAGGCAAUGCAAAAAGUCUCUACUCUUCAAGGGAUCGAGUCCAUUUCCGUUGACAUGAAAGAUAGGAAGAUGACCGUGAUCGGAGACGUUGAUGCCAUUGAUGUCGUGGGCAAGUUGAGAAAAGGGUGGCCGACCGAGAUAGUCACGGUCGGACCAAAGGAAGAACUGAAAGACGAGGAAACAAAGAAGAAAGAAGAGGAGAAAAAGAAGAAAGAAGAAGAGGAGAAGCAAAAAGAGACUGAAAAGAUGAUCAAACAAAUCCUUUCGGAAAACUAUUGUAACCCGUGCAUGCCGCCUCAACAUAAGAAUUGUUACCCUUACGUGCCCAUCGAAUACUGUGAUGAAAUUGCGGAAGCGAAUCCAAACGUUUGUGUGGUCAUGUAAGUUAU